CUCCUCUGCUGGAGCUCCACAUUCGUUCGUCGUGGUCGUCUUGUGGUGCUUUCGUCGAAAUUUCGCUACGUUUCAGUUUGCCAAAAAAACCUUCGAAUAAAUCGAAAAUCGGGCUUAAGGUGUGCGUUCCAGCUUCCGGAGUGAGUUUCGAUUGGGUUGCAAUCAGUGCGGUGCGGGAUUGUGUCGUUGAUUAGCGGAAAAAUCGGUGCAAAGUGAGGCCAGUAGGCUCGAAGCUAUUUCCGAGAAAAAAGAAAACAAUCCAGGAAGAAGAAACACUCGAAUCAAUCGUAGAAGCGAGAGCCAUGGCCAGCUUCCACCAGAGCCAUCAUCGUGAGCACCGUGGGGGAGGAGGCGGUGGUGGCCGACACCACAACAAUCGCCAUCGCCACAACCAUCAUCACCACCAGCAGCAGCAACAUAACAGUAGCACCAGCAGCGCUGGCAGCGGGAGUACCCUCAACAGUAGCACCGGAAGCAGCAACGUCAAGCAUUCCUCGCCGUCGGAGUCGUCGGAACCGAGCAACGAUUCCGUUUGUGUGGUCUGCUUCAAGCCGAUCCAGUUCUACGCCAUCGGCGAGUGCGACCAUCUGUGCUGCUUCGAGUGUUCCACCCGGAUUCGGGUGCUGUGUCGGCAGAACGAUUGUCCCAUCUGUCGGCGGGAUUUGGCCAAGGUCAUCUUCUCGAAGACGCUGGCCCCGUAUCGGGAGCUGGACGUGAAGAAUCGGUCCGGGUUGUACGAUAAGAAGUAUCGGAUCUGCUUCACGGACGGGGAGGUGCAGCAGGCGUUUUUUGAGCUGCUGGACAAUAAGUGUCCCAGGUGCGACGAGAAGAACUUCUCCAAGUUCGACAUCCUGCGGGAGCAUGUCCGCAAGCGGCACGAGCUAUUCUACUGCGACAUCUGCACCGAGCACCUGAAAAUCUUCUCGUCGGAACGUCGGUGCUACAGCCGGCAGGAUUUGGCCAUCCACCGGCGGGUCGGCGAUCCGGACAACGUUGGCCAUCGGGGCCAUCCGCUGUGCGAGUACUGUGACAAACGGUUCCUGGACAAGGACGAACUGUUUCGGCAUCUGCGGAAGGAGCACUUCUUCUGCCACUUUUGCGACGCCGAUGGGGCCAACUACUUCUACGGUGACUAUGAAUCGUUGCGGGAUCACUUCCGACAGGAGCACUACCUGUGCGAGGAGGGUGAAUGCGAGCAGGAACAGUUCACGGCGGUGUUCCGAUCGGAGAUUGACCUGCGGGCGCAUCGAGCUUCGGCCCACGGCAAGAGUAUGAACAAGCUAGCCAACAAACAGACCAGGACUUUAGAGUUGGAGUUCAGUUACGCACCACGGGGGAAUCGGGAAGGAGCUGGCGGUCAUCCCGGGUCGGGACCUUCGGGAAGUGGCCCCGGCGGUGGCCGGAACCGUGGUGGAGGAAAUAGCGAUCGUGGGGGUGGCGGUGGAAACCGCGGAGGCUACGACACUCAGAGAGAUUUCGAUGCGUUGAUAAACGACCAGAUGGUCGGUCAGCAUCCUCCCAAGCGGAUAGACGCUAACAGCGAACAGGACUUCCCGUCUUUAGGUGGCACCGGGGGUAAUCCCGUGUUCCGGCCAAACAAUGUUUCGAUACGACAGCGCGUGUUCGGUGCCGCUGGUUUGGCCAGGACGAAAGAAAACUUCCCCGCCCUCGGGUCAGAGGGCGGGGAUGGACCAGGAUCGGCCAGCAUCAACGAAGGCUUUAGUAGUAAGAUUACCGCUAGUUCCCUAUUGAAACCUAGUCAACCGAUGGGCGGCAGUAGCGGCAGCAGUGGUGCUUCCGGCUCCGGGAGGGGCCAAGGGACGUCCAAACCGAGUACCAGUAUGAUGAUCCACGUGUCGAAUCGGCCUCCGAGUGGGUCCGUCGUCAGUAGCAGUGGUGCGAAGAAAGCCAACAACGUAGCGGACUUUCCGGCGUUGCCAGGAACCAACAAAUCCAGCAACAAGAAAGCGGAUCUCUACUCCGACAUGGAAGACACCGAUACCACGAGCAACGGAAUGGUCAAUCUGAAUGCGAUCUCCGCCAAGCACCGUUCCCUGGUGGACGGCUACGUGUCGAUGUCCAGUGCGGUGUCCAAGGUGGCCACCGUGGCACCCCCAAAGGAGACCAAAAAAUCCACCCAAAACGUGGUGCCCAGUGUGAACUCGACCAAGGCGUUCCCCACAUUGGGUGGCGAUGGCAGCAAGGCGCCCAAAUCGGCCCAGUGGAUGGUGGCCAACAAGGUGAACUCGUCGUCCUUUUCCAGCGGCAACGGAAACGGAAGCUCCGCAAACGUGUCUUCCAAGAAGAAACCCGUUCCGGCACCGAACCUGAAAGACGACAGCAACUUUGUUAACUUGAAUGCGUUAACCGGGAAGAAGUCCAGUGGAGGUGGAGAGAGUUCCGGUUCCGCCGGAAAGGCCAACGAUAAGAAGAACAACAACGACCAGGGCCCCACGAAGCAGAGCAAAGGCAAGGACAAGAACAAGCCCAACAAGGAAAACGAAUCGGCUUCGCUGUCUGAUAACUUCCCGGUUCUGGGCGGUCCGCAGAUUACGGACUUUGCUUUGGCCAAUCUUGGCGGCGGCGGUGGCGGCGGCAAUGCUCCAAAACGUGGUCCUCCGGGAUUCGAGAAUGUCAGUGUAAAUAAUAGCAGUAGUGGCAAUAGCAACAACAGUAACAACGGUAUCAGAAAAGUUCCUGCUCCUCCGCCCGGUUUUAGCAACGUAACCUUGAACUCCGUGGCCAGAAAUAUCAACAACUUGACCUUCACCAGCUCGAGUGGCGAAAGUUACAACAUCCUUCCGGGCGCGUACAGCUACGUGGCUCCGUCCAAUGCGAGCAAAAGGAAUCAGAACCUGGUGACGCACUUCCAGCGGGCGCUGAAGAAACCGGAAGCGCUGACCGAGUUCCGCACCAUUUCGCAGAUGUUCCGCGACGGGAUGUACAAUCCGGCCCCCUAUUACGAACACUGCAAGGUUGCCUUAGGCGAUAAGUUCGCCGAAAUUUUCCCCGAGCUGGUGGCCCUGUUGCCGAACAUUACCAAACAACAGGAACUGUACCUGGUCUACUGUCAGGAGGCGAAGAACCGGCCGAAAAGCGGUGCCGGUCCGAAAGGCAAAUCUUCCGUACCCCAGCUGGAGGUUUGCCAGGUCUGCAAGCAGGUGCUGGUCCGGGACGAUCUGACCGAGCACUUCCAGUCGCACUACAUGGAGAACAACUUUCCCAAGCUGGGUGCCAACGAAAACCCGCUGGAAGACGGCAAGGUGGCCUCGGCCGCGUGGAAGAAAUAGCGGUAAAUAUGAUUGGUCCUUGGUUCUUUUUUUCUUGUGGGGGGAAAACUGGAUUCAAAGCUGCAAUGCAAGGAGAGAACCGAUGUGUUUGAUGUGCUUCUUUUUUCGCGGGAAGUGAAAUGAUAAAGCAACUCAAUUUUUAAUCAAACAAAAAAUGAUUUAUACGGUUAGUUCAUCGGAAGCUGAUACCUUUCGAUUUGUCAAAACAAAGUUCCAUUCGGUUUAAUGUAAAGAGAAAACAAUCUAUUUGGCGUAAAAUUAUUUUUGAAAAGUUUCACAAUGCUUGUUAUAAAUCCAUGUUGGUUUUAAAAAGUCGACUCCGCUAGAAUGCGCGUUUCGCGGAAUAACGCUUUCAAUCACUGUACAAACGUAGACGGAAAAUGCAAAACUGGUAUAGACUUGUCCGAAUCUUACUACGAACCUUAAUACUACCAUUCAACCACCUAUAACUACCCUAAACUCUCAAAUUCAAUGUAAAUAUAGAGCUUCAGUUCAAAAGUUUGGGUAAUCAGAAAAGUAUAUAGAAAGAAGAAUACACAUGCCACCAUUUAUAAGGGUAAUCAACAGUUAAAAAGUGGUAGUAAAUGCUUUUCAGAACGUA